AUGGCUGCCGAAAACCCAGACACCAUCGUGCUCUGUUCCUCACGGGCAGUCAUCUCUGGCCGCCUCACCCCCGCGACUCUCACCAUAUCCAGAAAUACGGGCAAGAUCACUGCCAUCCACUCCUCCAUCUUAUCCCGAUCGCUGUUCUCCCCCAAUACCCCUUACACUGAUUAUUCACCUUACAUCCUUCUCCCCGGGCUUGUAGAUGCGCAUGUGCAUCUCAACGAGCCCGGGCGCACGGAAUGGGAGGGCUUUUACACAGGUACUCAGGCUGCGGCGUUCGGGGGCGUCACGACUGUGAUUGAUAUGCCGCUUAAUAGUAUUCCUCCAACAACAAGUGUCGAAGGGCUGGCGGAAAAGAUUAUGGCAGCCGAGGGUCAGGUGUGGGUUGAUGUCGGGUUCUAUGGAGGUGUUGUGCCAGGGAAUGUUGGGAAAGGGGAGCUGAAGAGGCUAGUUGAGAGAGGAGUUAGGGGAUUCAAAGGCUUCUUGAUUGAUAGUGGGGUUGACGAAUUUCCGGCUGUCGGGGCAACUGAUAUUAAGACAGCGAUGGUAGAACUGGCAGACGAGCCUACGACGCUCAUGUUCCACGCAGAAAUGGUGCCUCCAGCUGUAUCUGAGGAGAGAGUGUCGCCCUCCAGGGGACUACCAGCGGCAUACUCGACAUUCCUUUCUUCUCGUCCCCCAGAGUACGAGACAUGUGCCAUAGAACUGAUCACGUCACUCGCGCAAUUUGCACCGGAUUUACCGCUCCACAUCGUCCAUCUCUCUGCAGCGCAAGCCAUUCCCCUUCUUCGUGAAGCCAGACGACGUGGAGUGAAGAUAACAGCAGAAACAUGCUUCCAUUACCUCUCCAUUGCAGCCGAAGACAUUCCAGACGGGGAUACACGACACAAGUGCUGUCCACCGAUCCGUGGAAAAGCUAAUCAGGAUGAGCUGUGGUUGGAAUUAUUUCACCAUGGCUCCCAUGACGGCGUGAUUAAAACGAUUGUGUCCGACCAUUCGCCAUGCACGCCGAAUCUGAAGUUAUUGCCCGACUACAUACCUGGGAGCAAAAAUCACGAGCAUGAAAGUGACAAAAAUGAAACCAAGGUAGGCGACUUCCUUUCCGCCUGGGGAGGGAUCUCAUCCGUCGGCCUCGGUCUUCCUAUCCUUUGGACAGAGUUAAGCCGUCGAUAUCCCCACGACGCAGACUCACCUCCUGGCGGGCGACCACUGCUCGAACACAUAGUCCAAUUAUGCUGCAUUAAUACCGCCGCACAGGUCGGUCUGCGAGGCCAAAAGGGUGAUUUGGCGGUGGGGUAUGAUGCAGAUAUAUGCGUAUUUGAUGACGAAGCGGACUGGACGUUAGAGCCAAAUACGAUGUUAUUUCGAAACAAAUGCUCCCCUUAUCAGGGAAAAUCUUUCAAGGGAGUGGUGAGGGAGACAUGGCUGAGAGGCCAGCGAGUUUUUUCACAGGACGUAGGUUUCGGCGAACGAAACCCGCAGGGAAGGCUAUUGUUGGCGCCUAGGUCAUGUUAA